AUGGAUCCGCCCAACGACUUUCGAUCCACGGUGCUACAAGCGCCUUCGCGCCGCGACGGCGAGGAGGACCGCGAACGCGGACGCGACCGUGAUCGUGAUCGUGAACGCGAACGUGAUCGUGAACGUGAACAUGAGCGCGGUGAUCGCGACAGACGUCACCUCCACGACAUUAGCUCUCUCGUCUCGCCCCAGGCACCACCGCCACCGCGACACGCCGGCUUCAGCCUGCGCUCUCCGACCCAGUCUGACUUCCAACACCCGCAUGCCCACUCGCACGCGCACUCGUCGUCCGCCUACUCGUCGCCCCAUCACCAGCAGCCAUCGCACCAUCACGACCAUCGCUCGCCGCCGUCCUCGUCGCGAUCCCAUCAGCCUGUGCUCUCCCAUCCGACCCCGUUCAGCUCGUCGUCGGGCCCUGUCGGUCCUCUCGCGCCCACGCUGCCGGCUCUCGGCGGAGCCUCGUCGUCACCCUCAUCGGGCGCCCACCUGCAAGGCCCGCCUCUGUCGCCUCUGCACCCGCCCAGCGGUGCUUACUACCCCCCGCCCUCGGAGUCGCAGUCACAGUCACAGUCUCAGUCUCAGUCGUCGCAGACGCAGAAAACCUCGACCCUACGCGAUGCCAAGCCGACUACGAGUAGCUAUUACGACCCGCUGACCGAUACCACAAGAGAGAGGAGGAUAUCAGAUGCAGCCGCGCCGCGGUACUCUGCAUCAUCAGUUCAGGCAUCACCACCAAAGCCGCGUGACCCGUAUCCCUACUCGCAGGCUUCCACGCCUGCCGACCAUCAGCAGCAGCAUCACGCCUAUUAUCGAAACGGCAGUCACGCCUCGCCGGGCCCCACAACCUACUCGCCACGGAGUCCCGUCUCGCACACGCACGCUGCACCGCCCCUGGCCGGUUCCAUCAGCCCAUCCAUCCGCCCGCCGCCGCUGCACAUGACCUCGCCCAACGCGAGACGAGCUGCUUCUCCUGCUGCACACCACGCGUCCUCGAAUGGUGCCUCACACGUCGUGCCCCCCAUGGCCAAGUCCGACCUCUCGCCUCUGAAGGCGCCGGCGGCAGCUCCGGCAAGCACCCCGAGCCGUGCUGACCCCAUGUCCUUUUCCAACAUCUUGUCGAGUUCCGAGCCUGUCGCUAAGCCUAGAGCGCCAUCGCCUCCCCCGGCUGCUGUCAUUGACGAACGCGCCCACGAACCCAGGGCCGAGGUCGAGACCGAGACCGAGCCCGAACGCAAUGACCGGACCAUGAUGGACAUUGAUACCGAGGUCGAGGCCGAGCCUGAAUUUGACGAGCCCACUCCCAAGAUUCACAUCGCCAAGGGCAAAUCGCGAGAUUCGACACCGACUGUCAAGGAGAAGAAGGCCAAGGUGCCGAGGAAAUCCCGUCGCGUGCUUCCGAUAUCGGAGACGCGGAGUCGACGCCUAAGAGGAGUCGGCGUGCCUCGUCUACUCGUGAGACGCCCACACCCCGUGUCCGUGUCAAGAGGCAGGCCAACGGCCAGCCCAAGCAGAAGAACUUGGAGGCUCACCACAACGACAGGCGUCGCACUCAUUGGCAGUGAGAAAAUUGUCAGCCGCAUCAACACGCAUACGGAGCAAAGCAAGCGACGCUAUGAUGAGCUCUACUAUGAGGAGGCUCUCCAAGAGGUCCGCGAACGCGAGCUGUAUGCCGAAAAGGAGCGUAAGAAGGACAUGCAGCGCAAACGUCGGCGCGAAAAGUCCAUGGCCCGCCACCUUCGUGAUGCUGAGCGCGCCAACAAGAAGGCGCAGCAGACGAAGCUGAUUCUUCAGAAGGGCAUCAAAGGGCCCGCACGCAACCUCGAGCUCAACCUCGAAGGCGGCACCAUGUCGCGGAGGUCCGAGGCCGAAGAAGUCCAAGGAGCAGAAGCAAGCCGAGAAGGACUCUGCCGAAGGCUGCCCAGCGCGCGCUCGGACGCCGGCGAAGAGCUGCCACCCAAGGACGAGUCGAAGAUUCGCAUCAAGCUCAACAAGUCCAAGUCUAAGGACAAGGAGAAGAAGGAGAAGAAGGACAAGGACAAGGACAAGGACAAGGGGGACGGCGCCGACGUCGAUGCCACCGAAGCUGAUGAGGAGGUCAAGGAGCCCAAGGAGCCCAAGCCCGCCAAAGAAAAGGUCGAGGAGCCACCGAGCAAGGACGCCAAGUUCCAGACCAAGGGCUACAACCAGAUCUACGACCAAAUCUGGCGCGAUCUCGCACGCAAGGAUGUCAACAAGACCUUUAAGCUGGCUGCCGAGUCUUACCAGGUCAAGGCGUCCAACCUCAAGAAAACGGCCAUCCUUGCUUCCAAGGAGGCCAAACGCUGGCAGCUGCGCACGAACAAGGGCACCAAGGAUCAGCAGGCGCGCGCCAAGCGAGUCAUGCGUGACAUGAUGGGCUUCUGGAAGCGCAACGAGCGCGAGGAGCGUGACCUUCGCAAGGCCGCCGAGAGGCAGGAGCUCGAGAAUGCUCGCAAGGAGGAAGCCGACCGUGAGGCAGCCCGGCAGAAGAGGAAGCUCAACUUCUUGAUCUCGCAGACGGAGCUCUACUCCCACUUUAUCGGCAAGAAGAUCAAGACGGCCGAGGUCGAGAGGAGCACCGACAAUCCUGAACUCGCCAGCGAGAACAAGGAGGUGACGCAACAAAACGAGGCCAUGGACAUUGACGAGUCGAGCAACGUCGGUGGCAAGGUCACCAACUUUGAGAACCUCGAUUUCGACGCCGAGGACGAGACGGCGUUGCGGCAGGCCGCCAUGGCGAAUGCGCAGAACGCCAUUGCUGAGGCGCAGGCCAAGGCGAGGGCGUUCAACAACCAGGACAAGGACGGCGACAUGGACAUGGACGAGGAGGGCGAGAUGAACUUCCAGAACCCCACGGGCCUCGGCGACGUCGAGAUCGGCCAGCCCAAACUCAUCAAUGCGCAGCUCAAAGAAUACCAGCUCAAGGGCCUCAACUGGUUGGCCAACCUCUACGAGCAAGGUAUCAACGGCAUUCUCGCCGACGAGAUGGGUCUCGGCAAGACUGUGCAGUCCAUCUCGGUCAUGGCCUACCUCGCCGAGAAGUACGAUAUCUGGGGCCCCUUCCUUGUUGUUGCGCCAGCCUCCACCCUGCACAACUGGGAGCAGGAAAUUCGCAAGUUCGUUCCCGAGUUCAAGAUUCUGCCGUACUGGGGCUCCGCCGGCGACCGAAAGGUGCUCCGCAAGUUCUGGGACCGCAAGCACGUCACGUACAAGAAGGAAGCCGCCUUCCACGUCUGCGUCACCUCGUACCAGCUCGUUGUUUCUGAUGUCGCCUAUUUCCAGAAGAUGAAGUGGCAGUACAUGAUUCUCGACGAGGCGCAGGCCAUCAAGAGCUCGCAGAGUUCUCGUUGGAAGAGCCUUCUCGGCUUCCACUGCCGCAAUCGACUUUUGCUCACCGGCACACCCAUUCAGAACAACAUGCAGGAACUGUGGGCACUGCUCCAUUUCAUCAUGCCGUCGCUGUUCGACUCGCACGAUGAGUUCAGCGAAUGGUUCUCCAAGGACAUUGAAUCGCACGCGCAGAGUAACACGAAGCUCAAUGAGGACCAGCUCAAGCGUCUGCACAUGAUUCUGAAGCCGUUCAUGUUGCGUCGCGUCAAGAAGCACGUGCAGAAGGAACUGGGUGACAAGAUUGAGAAAGAUAUCUUCUGCGAUCUCACCUACCGACAGCGAGCCAUCUACGCCAACCUCCGGAACCAGAUCAGCAUCAUGGACCUCAUCGAGAAGGCAACAACAGGCGACGACAAUGACUCGGGCACACUGAUGAACCUCGUCAUGCAAUUCCGCAAAGUUUGCAACCACCCCGACCUGUUUGAGCGUGCCGACACGACGUCGCCGUUUGCGUUUGGCUACUUUGCGGAGACGGCUUCCUUCAUCCGCGAGGGCACCAAUGUCGACGUUGGGUACUCGACACGCAACAUGAUUGAAUAUGACCUCCCGCGGCUGGUCUGGCAAGAGGGCGGUCGCCUCAACAAGGCUGGCAGAGACAACCAAAAGGCCGGCUGGCGGAACAAGAGCCUGCAGCAUCUCUUCAAUAUCUGGACGCCGGAAAACGUCCGCGACAGCGCCAAGGAUGCCGAAGCCUUUUCGUGGUUGCGGUUCGCGGAUGUCAGUGCUGGCGAUGUCUAUCGGGCCACUCACCAAGACUCGUUUACCCGCGCCGUCGAGCUUGCGCAGCAGAGCGACCGCCUCGGUCACAUGCAGAUCGCAUAUGAUGAUGCAGCAGAUGAAAACUUCACGCCGGCCCAUGCCCUCUUCCAGAUCAAGGCACGAAACGACCGCAAGCCGCUGGCCGAAGUCACACAAGGGGGCAUACUGGCGAACCUUAUGAAUGUGGCACGCAGCGACUACAACGAGUCUGGGCUCGGCCGCUUGGAGCAGGCUGCGCGCCCGAGCGCGUCUGCGCCCCCCAUCGAGGUUGGCUGUAUCAGCAGCGGCACCAACAUUGAGCGUGAAGGUGUCCUGUUCAACCCGUCGAUCCGUAAGAUGCUGGCCGGCCCGACGCCUAUCGAGGAGAAGGCGCUGGUCACGCAGCAGGUGCCGCUCGCUCAUUAUCCUCCCCCGGCCAUGCUCCCCGCACCCGACAACGAGAAGAAGAAGUUCACGAACAUUGGAGUGCCGUCGAUGCGCCGCUUCGUCACAGACAGCGGCAAGUUGGCCAUGCUGGACGGUCUGCUCUUCAAGCUCAAGAACGAGGGUCACCGUGUGCUGCUGUACUUCCAGAUGACGCGCAUGAUUGAUCUCAUGGAGGAGUACCUCACGUACCGGAACUACAAGUACUGUCGACUGGACGGUUCCACCAAGCUCGAGGACAGACGAGACACGGUGGCUGACUUCCAGACGCGGCCUGAAAUCUUCAUCUUCCUGCUGUCCACUCGUGCUGGUGGUCUCGGCAUCAACCUGACGACCGCAGACACGGUCAUCUUCUACGACUCGGAUUGGAACCCCACCAUUGACUCGCAGGCCAUGGACCGAGCGCACAGACUGGGUCAGACCAAGCAGGUCACCGUCUAUCGUCUCAUCACGCGUGGCACGAUUGAGGAGCGGAUCCGCAAGCGCGCGCUGCAGAAGGAGGAGGUGCAGCGCGUCGUCAUCCAGGGUGGUGGUGCCAGUGCGGAGAUGAUUGAGCGGCGCGAGAAGGAGAUGCUCGAAGCCGGCGAGUUUGACAAGCCGCCGGGCGCGACGAAGAAAAAGGCCGCCGCCAAGAGGAAGCGGCCGGUCGGCGACGGUGUCAGUCUCGACGAGAUGUAUCACGAGGGCGAAGGCAACUUUGAUGACAAACAGGCCUCGGGUACGGCGACGCCGGUCGCGGCGGAAGCCGACGCGAAGGGGACGAAAAAGCGACGCGGCGGCGCCACGGGCAAGAAGGCCAAGAGCAUGAAGCAGCGUCUCGCUAUCGCGGAUGGACAGGUGGACGGAUAG